AAGUAGUAGAAGAAAGUUGGGGAUACUUUUGCUCAGGCGCAUUUAACUUAGAGUUUAUGGAGGCUGCAGCCGUGGAAAAUGAAGAGGUUCUCUCUGCUCUUUGCUCUUCUGGCCCAAACUCUUCUUGAAGAUUUAUGUCUGGCCAUCAACGCCACCAUCACUCCCUCCCCGUUCACGGUUGCCCAGGAGGGUCAAAACACCACCCUCACUUGUGUGGUGUCCCAGCGACGGCGUAACACAGCUCUACCCGUUGUCAAAUGGACCUUUCUGCCAGCGGGCUCCGAUCGAGCAGAAGAUGAACUCCUCAUCGCCCGUGUCAACAUGAGGAAAGCUCGUUUCUAUGGAAACUACACAAAGAGCUUCACGUGGCCAAAGAUGAAGCUGACGGUGGUGAAGCAGGGGAAGAUCUUUGAGCUCCUGAUCCUGAAUGUGUCGGAGGAUGACCGGGGACUCUACAUUUGCCGGGUGCAGGAGUUUAAAAAGCAAAAGGACCGCUGGAAGGCCUCGUCCAACUGCACUGCUGCUACAGAGCUCAGAGUGCACGUUGUACCAGCGACCAAAGCCAAAGAAAGCCUGUGGAGUUUGUUUGAAGAUGUGUACCUGUGUGCAGUGCUGAUCUGCUCAGUGGGUCUGCUGUGCAUGUGCAUGUUCACUGUGACAGUAACCUGCCAGUUCAUACAGAGGAAGCAGAGACUAAAAGAUAAUUACCUUUUGGUCAAAAGCCCUCAGAACAGCUCAGGUGAGACGGUCACCAGCGUGGUCAGUGUCUCUCCUGCUCUUCCCAAGAAAGAGAGGAAAUACAGAAAGAAAAGAAGCAGGGAUUACCAGGAGGAAACACCACCAGAGAUACCAGCAAAAGUUCCCAUUGGAGACAAAACACGCAAACCAAAACUUUUAAAACCUCAUCAAAGGAAAGUAGUAUUGCCGAGGAUAGUGGAGGAGAACCUGACCUAUGCAGAGCUGGAUCUGGUGAGGCCAAUACCAGACACAAAGGCAUCGUGCAGCGGGACUGUGUAUGCUCAGAUACUGUUUGGGCAGCAGCAGCUAUGAAAGAAACGCUUCACCACUAAUAACUGUGCCUUAUGUAAAAAGAACUGUCUAUUUAUACCUCUGUGUUUUAAUAUGUUGUAUACAAAUGGACUGAGAAGACGUAAAUGUGUAGUUUCUCAAACUUUUAACAAAAUGUUGAUGUGAUUUUAUAUAUUGUGGUAUAACUAUGUAUCGGAGAACUUCGUUUUGCACCCGUGUCUGAAUCCUGUGUAGCCUACAUUACGAAUGCAGUAGAGGUGUUUGUGUAGAUUUAGAACUGAUUUGUCCAUGAAUGAUAAUCAGAAGUCAGAUCAACCAUGUGGUAUUUGUGACCUGAUGUCAAUAUGUCAUUAUUGUGGUGUGGCUUUGUCUUGGCCAGUUAUAGUGAGGUUAACUGUGGAAAUAAACUGAGAUAUAGAACAUGCCAUCCCCACUGUCCAUCCAUCCACUGAAUUCUGCUUAUCCAGGUUUGGGGGGCAACCUAAGCAAAGAAGUCCAGACUUCCCUCUCCCCAGCCACCUCCUUCAGUUCAUCCGUGAAGACACCAAGGCAUUCCCAGAUAAGCUGAGAAAUGUGAUCAGUCCAGUGUCUCCUGGGUGUGCCUCAAAGCCUUCCCCUGGUUGGACAUGAGCAAACACCUCCUACAGGGAGACAUCUGCACCUCAAUUUGGUCCUCCUGAUAUGGAGAACAAGCCACUCUGCUCUGAGUCCCUCUUGGAUCACUAGACUUCUCAGCCUGUCUAAAGGGAUAGUCCAGCAACCCUGCAGAGGCAACUCAUUUCAACCACUUAGGCUGCGUCCCAAUA